AACAAUUGAAUAAUCAACCUCGCGCCUCAUAUCCCACCUCAAACACGAACCCCCUCCGUUGACUCUUGCAGAAUGAGAUCAGUCAGUGACAGUCAAAGAGUAAUGGGAAACUAACAGGAAUGACAUUCUUGUUCGCGCGCCUUAGGAAAAGAAGUCAAGAUGGUGGCAAGUUGACUAAAUUCAUGACGUUAUUCGCAUAACUUCUUUCGUCUGUCGGUCGAAUCUCAAACUCCCUCAAGCUCCGUUAUCCGUUGUGGAGAACGUGUGGUCAUACGAGAGAAGCUAUUAACGCUGCUGGCGUCGGUAUCAUUUCAGGCCCCCGUGCCCGCCACCUCGCAAGAAUAGGACUUAUCUAUCUUGGCCCUGCCAUGGCUACUGAAGCUAUGGAACAGAUCCCUAGUGCUACCGACGAGAAAUCCAUCGACGCGAAGGAGGAGAAAUCUUACUACAUACAGGGAGACAUUGAGUCAUCCACCCAAGAAGCUGAAACAGACGAGAUUGUCCUCCAGAACGAGCGAGAGAUUGUAACUCACGUCAUUUCCGUGGACGACGAUCCUAGUCUGAACCCCUGGACACUUCGGGCUUUCUUCAUCGGCCUCGGACUUUCAGCCUUUGGUGGUUCCUUGGCCCAAAUUUAUUACUUCAAACCUCAAACUGUCCUUGUGUCUGUGAUGUUCCUCGCCAUCAUAUCCUAUGUGAUUGGCUUUGCGAUGGAAACAUUUAUCCCACGUCAUGGAUUACUCCGAUACUUGAACCCAGGACCCUUUAAUAAGAAGGAAAAUGCGUUCGUUAUCAUCAUGUCUAGUGCAGCUGCGAACUCUGCAUUGGCUACGGAGGUUCUUGCUGUCCAGCGUCUGUAUUAUAAUAUCACGCCGAACGCCGUCUCAUCAAUAUUUUUGUUGUUCUCGUCUCAAUUGCUCGGUUAUGGGAUUGGUGGCCUGAUGCGAGGAAUCCUCCUUUAUCCGUCAAAGAUGUUGUACCCCGGUGUUCUCCCGCUGCUUUCCAUGUUCGACGCUCUCUAUCGCGAUGGCUUCGAAGCACGCCGAAAGCUCAAGGUCUUCUACGUCGUCUUUACUGCAAUAUUUCUAUGGGAAAUGUUCCCUGAAUGGAUCUUCCCACUUCUCACUGGUCUCUCAAUAUUCUGCCUCGCUGCUCCUAACAAUGCUGCUGUCUCUCGUGUGUUUGGUGGUUCCAACGGAAAUGAGGGUCUUGGUCUAUUGUCCGUGUGCUUCGAUUGGCAGUACAUCUCGGGUGGUGUUAACCCGAUGACUAUUCCGCUGAAAGCUCAGCUCUCCACCUUCAUUGGUUACAUUCUCUGCAUGGUCGUCUUCGUCGCGGUAUUCUACAACAACAUUUGGGAAUCUCAAAACUUCCCCUUUUUGGCGCAGCUCCUCUUUUACCAGAAUGGCACUAUCUACAACCAGACUUUGAUUCUGAAUUCCAACUAUGAGGUGGACCCCACUUUGGUCGCUGAACAGGGCCUGCCAUUCUACGCUGGUACCUGGGUUGUAGCUCUUCUGUCCACUAACCUCGGAUUAGCUGCGACAUUCACUCACCUCCUCCUGUGGAAUAAACAUGACCUACGUGCAGCCUGGACUUGGAUGAACAUGGACACACUGAGGAGUUGGCGUGCUAAUUUCGAUUGGAAAUUCUGGAAGCACAGUGGAAAGAGGGAAGUCCCCGCCAACAUUGAGGACCUCGACCCACACUACCGCGAAAUGCUGAAGUACCCAGAUGCUCCGAAUAGCUGGUACUUCAUGACGUUUGUUCUCUCCUUCAUUGUUGGACUAGUCGUUAUCUACAUGACAAAUUCCACGCUGCCCUGGUGGGGCUUUGUCAUCGCAGUCCUCUUGGCUGCCGUGUCUAUCUUGUUCUUCGGCGCGUUAUACGCCAUUACCGGCAUUCAGCUUUCCAUCCAAACCCUGGUCCAGAUGAUUGCCGGCUACCUGCACAACGGAAGACCCAUGGCGAACAUGUUCUUUGUCCUUUACAGCUAUAAUAGUGUGGCUCAAGCAUUGCUGCUGUUACGCGACCUGAAGAUCGCUCAAUACGCCAAACUACCUCCCCGCGCUGCAUUCACGGCCCAGAUCAUUGGCACCUUACUCGGCGCUGUUCUCAACUAUGUGUUGAUGAAUUCUAUCAUCGACAGUCAACGUGAAAUCCUGCUGUCUGUGCAAGGAACAAACAUCUGGUCUGGCCAGCAACCUCAGUCAUACAACUCGCAAGCGAUUGCAUGGGGUGGCCUUGCUCACGAGCUCUUUUCAACUGGUCAAAGAUAUCAAUGGGUUCCCUUGUCUUAUCUGAUUGGCUUGGUCGCACCUCUUCCUUUCUGGAUCAUUCACCGUUACUGGCCGAAACUACGCAUGGAUUACUAUUACACCCCAAUCAUCUGUUCGUUCAUCGGUUGGCUUUGCGUUGGAAUAAACUCUUCACUUUUGUCGUAUUUCACUGUCGCGUUCUUGUCCCAGUGGUGGCUCCGUACUAGGUACCCGCGUUGGUUCGUGAAAUACAAUUAUUUGGUCGGUGCAGCCCUCGAUGGUGGAACACAGGUCAUGGUAUUCAUUCUCUCUUUUGCAGUCCAAGGAGCUGCUGGAUCCGCACAUCUUUUCCCGGAAUGGUGGGGUGCAAACCAAGGCGGAAACUAUGACCGCUGCUUGUCUCUCUGAAAACCAUAUAAGUACUAGGUUGACGUAUUUUUGUGAUAACAAAUGAAGUUCUUGUUCCACUUGGUGACAGCCAACGAUGUCUAUUAGAAUUUCAGAACGUCUCAUUAUCUUGCUUGUACAUAGUCAUCGAUCUUCAAAAGUAAGCACACAGUCUCCGUCGAGAGUUCAAUUGCGCUCGUGGAGACGAGAAGAGGUUGAACAACAUCCUCCUCAAGAAUAUUCGAGAUUAGGCCCUAAGGUGUAUGUGGUCAAAUGAUCGAAGUAAUUCGAGGCUGC